CCACUCGCCCGUCCACCAAACUCCAACCAUGUCGAAGAAGGGAAGUGACACACCAUCGUCAAUCCGCAUCCGCGAGAACCAGAGGCGUUCGCGCAACCAGCGCAAGGAGCUGAUCCAGGACUUGCGCCGCCGAGUGCAAGAAUAUGAAAUCAAGGGUGUUGCCGCCACACAGGAGAUGCAGCGCGCCGCACGCAAGGUCGCCGAGGAAAAUUCACUGUUAAGAAGUCUACUUGCCAGCCGUGGUGUGACGCACCAUGAGGUGGAAGCAUAUCUGCGCUCCUUCAACACCACGACCACCACUCCCAUCACUACUGCCCCUAUCACCACUGCCCCCAGCCAUGCACCCCAUAUGCUACCUGUACCAACGGGGCUUCCAAGGACUCCAGUGUCACACCAAGUCGUGGUUCCAAAGACGGUGCCCUUGUGCAUGCCGCCCCCUACACAGUCUCCUGCGCAAACCUCGAUUGGGCCGCUAGCGCCGACUACAUCCCAGCCUCAAGCGCAACCACGCUCUGAGCCUCAGUCUAUCCAGCGACCGGCCCCUGCCGCCAUGGAUGCGUCGCCAGCUUCGACGUGUUGCAAGCCGGCAGACGGCACUGGUCAUGACAAUAGCACGUCUACGUUUCCCAUGCUGCAAGAGGAUGCAGAAUGUCCUAAUACCGCUAGCUGUUUCUGCGCCCCGACCCCUAUGCCCAAGGAAACGCCACUCGAUACCGGACUGCUGAUAUCAUGCGAGACGGCUGCUACCAUUAUUUCUGAGAUGCGCGGUGAUGCAGAUCGUAGUCGAAUCAGAGCCAGUUUGGGCUGCGUUGGGGAUGAGGAGUGUACUGUCAAAAAUACUCGUGUGCUAGAACUAAUGGACGAACGAUAAACGACUUGUUAUAUCUCGACUCCAGCAUUCCGCCAAGUGCACUCGUCAGACUAGGCAACAACGCCUGUAACAAGUUCCUGCUCUUACAUUAGAACCAUAAUAGCCACGUACGCAGCUCAGCAACUGCGAGCUUGGUGACGCUUCACCCUGCGCAGCUGCAACAUGAAUGCGCUGGCGACUAUGUAAGAAAGACCGGCGAAGAUUUGAGCAUACAGAUAUUCUCGCGAAGAGUGGGAGCGCCUAAGCUUGAGCGCAAUUCCCUCGGAUACUGUAGGGCGUCAUGUACUGAAACUUCACAAGGGUUGGUUGGAUGUAGAUACCUAUGGAGGGGAUAAUGACAACCGCCCAAGACAGAGACAAUAGAGACUGCAAGUCUUUGAUCCCU